AUGGAUAACGAAGCCAACGUACCAGCCGAGAGCAACCGACCAAUAAGCAUAAGGGAUGCAGCGGAUAUAGUGCCACCUUUCGAUGGCCACAACAUUUCCGUGUACCAAUUCACGAAAAAUUGCCUUAAUGCAAGGGGCAUGAUUUCACCAAACGCCGAAUACGGCCUAGUCCAAUUAAUUAAAAAUAAAUUAUGUGGACAAGCUUUGAGAGUAGUAUUGAGCGGAGACUACAAUACCAUCGAACAGCUGAUUACGGUGCUGAAAUCACGUUUUGCUCCAUUAUACUCAUCAAUACAACUAUGCGGAGACAUGUCGAAAUUGGCUCAGAUGCCGAACGAAGCAGUCGUCGACUACAGUAGCCGAGUCUCCAGUAUUUUGCUGCAAAUUCAGAACUGCAACGAAAUCGAAGUUCCUGAAUAUACGCAGCAGUAUAAUGCAUCUGCAGAAGCCAAUGCUGUCAAGGCAUUUCUGACUGGGAUGAAACCAGAAAUCUUCAGUCGAAUACGAAAUUGCGAGUUCAACACCUUGGACGAAGCAAUUAGUGCAGCUAUUAAAGGCGAAGCAGAGUACAAAGAAAAUAUGAUGAGGAUGAAAUUGACCGAGGGAUAUACCCAGGCCAUUCAAUGCAGCAACUGUUUUGGAAGUCAAUGGAUACAACCAAACCGGGUUCCACAAAACCAAACCCCGGUGAACCAGCGGCAGAACACAGGUCAACGCCAAGGAACGGGACAACCACCGGCUUUUCAACAUCCGGCAAACCAACCUUUGGCAAAUCUGACCUUUCAACCCCCGGUAAACCAACCUCCUAGUAACUGGUACCAAGGCACCGCAAACUGGAGAAGGCAACCUCCAAUAUGCGCUUAUUGCCAAAACAUUGGCCAUACCAUCGAACAAUGCAGAAAGAAAGCGUAUCAAGAGAAGAUUAAAAACCAGCCACAACAACCUACAACUCAAGAACCACAGGUACGUAAAGAAACGAACCUGUGUUUAAAAGCGAAUUACGCAGAAAAGCCUCCAAGCAUCAAACUCAUAAGAUACAUCGAAGUAAAAGCGCUGGAUACAGAGUCCGUAUUCCAUGUUGUGGAGGAUCUUCCGAUAGCGCACGAUGGAAUACUAGGAACCGAAUUCUUCAAAAAUAGCGGAGCGAACAUUGACUACGCCAAGUCUAUGCUCAUAGUCAACAAUUACAUAAUACCAUUCCAAGAGCCUUUAAUCACAAUACCAUCAAGGACUAGAACAACAAUUCCCAUUAAAGUAGAAAAUACAGAAGAAAAGACAGGCUUUAUACCAAAAAUCGAAAUACAUCCACAAUUAUACAUGGGAAACGCCGUAGUAACGAACAGAACUGGCAUAGCCUUCCUUCAUGCAACAAAUGUCUCCUCCGAAGACAUCAAAAUUCAAAUGCCUACCUUACAAUUGGAACCAUACGAAGAAAUAAAAAUAAAAGAAGAAGAAGAAGCACCAUCAGAUUCUACCGAACGCAUCACUACACUAUUUGCAUCACUACGCCUGGAACAUUUAAAUAGAGAAGAAAAAUCAAGCAUAAGGAAUUUAAUUUCAAACAACGCUGACAGAUUCUACUUAAACGAAGACGAACUUGGAGCAACAAACAAAAUUUUCCAUCGAAUAAUCACAAUUGACGAAGUUCCAGUUAACAUAAAACAAUAUAGAUACCCACAAGCGUUAAAGGAAGAAGUAAAUAGACAAGUCAAAGAAUUAUUAGACAAAGAUAUAAUCGAACAUUCAUCAUCACCUUAUAAUUCUCCAAUCUGGAUAGUUCCAAAAAAGGAAAUCACACAAGGAAACAAAUCAUGGAGAUUAGUCAUCGAUUUUAGAAAAUUAAAUGAAAAAACCAUUAGCGACGCAUAUUCAUUGCCAAACAUAGUCGACAUUCUAGAUCAAUUGGGAAGCGCAAAAUACUUCUCAAUAUUCGACUUGAUGUCUAGCUUCCACCAGAUACCCAUGCAUCCAGACGACAAACACAAGACAGCUUUUUCAAGGCCAUUUGGACACUUCCAUUUUAAAAGAAUGCCAUUUGGUUUAAAGAACGCUGCAGGUUCAUUCCAGAGACUUAUGAACAACGUUCUGGUUGGACUACAAGGGGUCGAAGCAUUCGUGUAUAUUGAUGAUAUAGUAAUUUAUGCUAGCUCAAUAGAAGAACACGAGACAAAAUUCAAUAGACUUAUGGCAAGACUGAGAGAAGCAAAUCUAUAUCUCCAGCCGGAAAAAUGCGAACUACUGAAGAAGGAAGUAGCCUACUUGGGACACAUUAUCACAGAGGAUGGAGUGAAACCUGACCCAAAGAAAGUAGAAGCGGUCAAAGAGUUUCCAGUUCCCAAAACAGGAAAGAAUAUUAGGCAAUUCCUUGGUUUAUGCGGAUAUUAUAGAAGAUUUAUAAAAAAUUUUUCAAAAAUAGCUAAACCUCUAUCAGAUUUAACAAAAAAAGAACAAAAAUUUGAAUGGACACAGCAACAACAACAAGCUUUCAUCAUCCUCAGAGAUAAAUUAUGCGAGGAACCAAUUCUACAAUAUCCAGAUUUCACAAAACCUUUCAAUAUCACCACGGAUGCAUCUGGAAUCGCCGUUGGAGCAGUACUAAGCCAGGGCGAAAUUGGAAAAGAUCAACCGGUAUCAUAUACUUCAAGAGUAUUAAACGAGGCAGAAACGCAAUACUCAGCUACGGAAAGAGAAUUGUUAGCAGUCGUAUACGCCGUAACUCAUUUUAGACCCUAUAUUUACGGAAGAAAAUUUUAUCUAAUAACUGACCACAAACCAUUAACAUGGCUGCAUAAUUUAACAGACCCCGCAUCAAGAUUAAUGCGAUGGAAACUAAAAUUAAGCGAAUACGACUACGAGAUCAAAUAUAAACCUGGAAGACAAAAUAUAAACGCCGAUGCAUUAUCCCGAAAUCCUAUUGCAACCUUACCAAUUCAAGCGAAACGAAAACAUUCUACCACAGACUCAAAAGAAAUUAAAAAGAAGAAACAAUGGCACCAGUAUGCUACCAGACCCAGAGCAACAACUUCAACCACUGAAUCAAGAGAAAUCAAGAAGAAAAAACAAUGGCAUCAAUAUCAAACUCGUCCGAGAAGCACUACAUCAACCACAGGAUCCAAAAAAAUAACAAAAAGAAAAAAAGAAUGGCACCAAUAUCCAACACGUCCUAGACCAUCGACGACAACCGAUUCUAGGGAGCACAAGAAGAAAAAAGAAACGCACCAGUACCCUACACGUCCUAGACCAUCGACAACAUCCGAUUCUAGGGAAUAUAAAAGAAAAAAGGAAACCCACCAACACCCUACAAGACGAAGACCAACUACGUCAUCAAGCUCCAGAGAAAUCAAAAAGAAAAAGGAAACCCAUCAGUAUCCAACAAGACGCCGAGAUACAUCUUCAGAACUAAACAGAAAAACAAAAAGGAAAAAACAGUCGCAUCAACACACCACACGACAAAGAGAUACUUCCUCUGAAUCCGAAAGAAGUAUUGUAAGAAGAAAAACAACACAUCCUACACGACAGCUAGAUACUUUCUCUGAUUCUGAGAGAGAAAUAAAGAAAGAAAAAAUUACACAACACUAUAAGAGACCACAUGAAACAAGCAGCAGUCUACAUCAAACAAAUAAGAAACGCUUUAAAGAAAACAUAACCUCCAGUGAAUCAGAAUAUUGCGAUACUGACGAAUUUCAAGACCAACAACUCAGGAAGAGGAAAAAGGAAACAUCAAGCUCUGCAAACAAACAAUUCAAAAAGAGAAGACAAAAUGAAAAACAAGUUACAGUAGAAAUUCAUCAACCACCAAAAAAACUGAUUUAUGAACCUCCUAAACCAAUCAAAAGGAAACAUGAACCAAUAAUAAUUGGUGACGAAAUUGAAGUUUUUGAAGAAGGAAUGACUUUACCCAAACACAUAUAUAGAGACCCACCCAAAAUAGGUUCAUCUUCAGGAACAAAAAAAGCAUCCUCAGAAACAGAAAGAACAUCUUCAGAAAUAAAAAAGGCAUCUUCAGGGACAAAAAAGACAUCUUUAGAAACCAAAGAAGAAUUUUCAGAGCUGAAAAAAGAGGAGAAAAAUGAUUCAGAAAGUACAUCCACAGCACCAAUAACUCCUAUUAAAAUUAUAAAAGAAGAGGAUCAACUUACCACUCAUAAAAUAACACAACCAAGAGUGAUCAGCAACCUACCAGUCACAUCCAAGAUAAUAGAGACAACUGACCACCUCCAGUGA